UAGGGGAGGAGGUUUUACCAGUAAUUAUAUCCUUUAGCGGAAUAUCGAGAAUAAAAAAGAAUAAAACUGUAAAAAGAUUAAAGAUUCCAAUUUUUCGAUUAAAGAAAAACAGUCAUGAUGUCAGUGUUAUGUGGUAUGUAAAAGGCGGUGAUAACAAAUUUGACAAGGUGCAAACAUACGUAACAGAUACCAUUAAGCCAUGGCGUGUAAAACAAUCAAAAUUAGAAAAAAAGGACGAACUACAGGAUCAAUGGUCAGACGAAGUUACGCUUAUAUCCGAGAUUCCAUUUGGCCUGGAUGCUCUUGUUUGCAACUGUUUAAUUGGAGUGUGUAUGGCAGAAGACCGCCGACGAGAAAGAAACGAUAUGGAACAUACAAAUGCUUAUUAUACUACGUUGUCGAUGUACCUUUUGACAAGAGAAAAGUGGAGAAUACCAAAUAGACACAGAAAGCCGCACAUUAAAAAACCAUUGGAUCAGAGAUCUCUGGAAUACAUAUAUGAACAGGUCAUUACCUCCGACGUUUUACAGAACUUGUGGUACAAUCAGAAGUCAUUCGUCAAAAUGGAAUACCAACCACCAGCAUACUUAGAAGAUGACGAAGAUUCCAGUGGACAAAGUUGUUGUUUUAACAAAGAUGUAUUGCACACGAAAGGUAAUCUCAAUGUGUAG